AUGGAUGUUCCAAAUGAUUCACAUGCAAUACUUCAUUUAAUACAUGAAGUUAAUGAACAAACGAAUCCUGAACAAUAUUCAAGUAUUGUUCAUUGCAUAACUGAUACUGAUCGUACCGGUACUUAUAUUGCAAUUGAUGCAAUGAUUGAAAAAAUUCAUCAAGAAGAAAAAAAAGUAGAUAUAUAUAAUUUUGUAUUACAAAUGUGUCGUGGACGUGAUUUUAUGAUAUAA